GUUGUAAGCAUCAAUAAUGUCUUUCAUCUUUGAGUGGAUCUAUAAUGGCUUCAGCAGUGUGCUUCAGUUCCUAGGACUCUACAAGAAAUCUGGAAAACUUGUAUUCUUGGGUUUGGACAAUGCAGGCAAAACCACUCUUCUUCACAUGCUAAAAGAUGACAGACUAGGCCAGCACGUACCAACACUACAUCCCACCUCAGAAGAACUGACAAUUGCUGGAAUGACUUUUACUACUUUUGAUCUUGGUGGACAUGAGCAAGCACGUCGGGUUUGGAAGAAUUAUCUCCCAGCGAUUAAUGGGAUAGUUUUUCUGGUGGACUGUGCGGAUCAUUCUCGUCUCAUGGAAUCCAAAGUUGAGCUUAAUGCUUUAAUGACUGAUGAAACAAUAUCCAAUGUGCCAAUUCUUAUCUUGGGAAACAAAAUUGACAGGACAGAUGCAAUCAGUGAAGAAAAACUCCGUGAAAUAUUUGGGCUCUAUGGACAGACCACAGGAAAGGGAAAUGUGUCUCUGAAAGAGCUGAACGCCCGCCCCAUGGAAGUAUUCAUGUGCAGUGUGCUCAAGAGGCAAGGCUACGGCGAGGGUUUCCGCUGGCUCUCCCAGUAUAUUGACUGAUGUUUGGACAGUGAAAAUAAAGAGUUUUUCUUCUGGACUGAUCCUAUUCACAGCUUCCUCAUGGACUUUUCUAAUAGAACAAGGAGAGCUCUCCAACCAUGUCUGGCGUUGAGAAGCCAUGCAUCUCUGUCUACGCUCAUCGCCCAGUGGUGACAUGUGCUCUUCUCCACUCAUGGGAAGUAACACUGCCUGUCUGCUGAUGCAGGUCAGUGUGCAGGGACUGGGGCUGGCAGGAUUUGCCAGGAAAAGCUGGGUGCCAUCAUGGGACACCUGGAAAGAAAAACACGUCUCACCACUGGUUGAUUUCAAAAGAAAGUGAUUCUAUUUUUUAAAGAAAGUGUUGUUAAUGUAAUUGGUAUCCCUUCUCUAACUUUUUGAGUUCACAAUUUACUUGGUCCAAAUUUUCUAUUCUUUUUUUUUUUUAACUAGUAAAUGAAAUUUAGAUACUUCAUAAAAUUAUGAACAGAUAGCGCACUGAAGGCCAGAGCUCCGCUGUCUAACUGCCUUGUUGGAGGUGGCGCCGAAGCACAAGUGCUAGGAGAGGAUGGAGCCUUGGCCUUACCCGGGGCAGUCUCCAUUGUGGUAAGAGGAGUCCCUCAUCUGGAGUGGGAAAGUGUCAUUGUUACAUUGCCAGCUUUACUUGCAGUUAACAGUUUCUGCAGGCUUUGCUUUUAUACUGUUGUGGACUUUCAUCUCUCUGUGUAGCACCUUCCUUUUUUCACUGUAGAUAUAAAAAGUGACUUUUGCCUCAUGAAAGAGUUCUUAUCUCUUAUGUAGACCCCAUACUGAGUGUCUUAAGCCUCUGAACGGAUUCUAGAGGGAUGUAUGGGUUCUGAACAGGAGGACACAGGUCACAAUCAACAGCUUAAGGCUCUGACUUCUGUAAGUAGAGGACCUCUGUGUCUGCUCUGGUAACAAGUGAACCUAGGGAAGACUUUGAUUGAGCUUUGUGCUUUCCACUCCAGAAGCAAGCAGAGAAAACACGAAAUGGCCUUCCUGCCUGGCUUUGGGGGCAGCUCCUGGCAACAGUGAGCACUGGUGGGAAAGCAGCAGCAUCCCUCUUAAGGAUUGAUUAUGAACAUGAUUCUUAUAGCAUUUGGUUUACUUGGGUUUUCAUGAUGUUAACUUUAUAUUCUCUCCUUGUAGUAGAUGGCAGGAGGGAUGGUCCGCAGAAGGGAGGUUAUCUUGCUGCUUAUUUCCUUUAUUGUGAGGUGAGAAGUAUGUUCUUAAGUGACAAUGACGAUGUUGCUGCAUUGUGACAGGCUUGUGUCCAGAAAGAGGAGAGUGCUACCCACCUUCCCUACCCUGGGGAGUGAGUUCUCGCUCGUUAGUGUUAGUUUUGAACACUGAGCUUCUGGGGCAGUGUUCUGUUACACUGCCAGGUUCCCAGUGUAGAGACUUGGUGAGGUUAUCUUGUCUGCAAAGUGUAUGCCUUGUGUUCACCCAUAAAUAGCCGGAAUGAGAUCUGUCAGUGUGGAAAAGGGUUGUUAAAGCCUUAAUGAAGGAACCUAGCUGGCGGUGAGUGAACUAGGGUAGGUUCUGGUAUGCUUUUCAUUACUUUUGGCUAAAGGUUUCCCAUGUGGUCUCUGUCACAUGACACAUGACAGGUGUGAUUGCCUCAGUGUUGGUUUCCUUAUUUGUCUUUCUCAUUUGUCCCUAAUCACCCUGUAGCGAGCUAGAGGACUGGACUCUGCCCAGGGCGGCUCUUUGUGAAAGUGGUUUAUUUUGGCCACUGGAGAAAGAGAUGACUGAAAAGUGGCACCAGUCUGAUUCCUGCCCCGCAGACACCAUCCUAAAUAAAGUGGCCAAAAGAAGCUGCCGCAGUGAGCACAGCUCCACCAGAGGGUCAGGGCCUUCCUUGUGCGGGGGCUCAGAUGAAUGGAAACUCCAUUCUGUUUAUCAGAGUGCACAUGUGUCCUAUUUCAGCAAAAGUAAAACUGUCAUUUACAAAAAGGUCAGUCUGUAGCCUAAGCAUUUUAAUAAAAAGCUAAAAUGAA